GGAACCCAACCCAACCCAUUGCAUCGCAUCCGUUACACGGCACGGCACGGCACCCUGACCCGAUGUCGCUGGUCGCCUACGACGCCUCCUCCGACGAGGAAGACGCCCGCGAGCCUCCCGCCGCCUCGCCACCCCCCAUCGGGCCGCAGCCGAGGCCUCCGUCGCCUUCCACGUCGGCGGCCUCCGCUCCUCAGCUUACUCCGCCGCCGCCUGCCCCCAGCCAGAAUGUAGCACCCAGUAGUUCAAGUAAUGUCUCCCUGCCCACUCUGUCAUUAGACCUCCCAGAUGUUGCAGAUCUCUUUGCUCCGCCUUCUCUUCAGUCUCUACAGCCAAGAGCUUCUGACCAUUCCUCUAGAGAUGAUGCAUCAAGGAAGAGAGAAUCAAAUGGAUCCGCAUUUCAUGACUCACGCAGUAAAUUUCCAAGGAUGCAAUCACAACCCCGUGGGGCAAGGAGUGCUGCAGGGAACACUCUAGUUCCACCACAGCUUCGUGGAAGGAGCAACGUUGUUACUGAAGAUAUGAGCAAACUGUUUGUGGCUAAACACAAAGAAUAGCAUUUAACACUUUGGAAACCUGAACCUCUAUUUGGAUUUAUCGACACAUGUACUGUGGCCGACUGGCUCCCAUAAUCCCAUAGAUGUGCAGGCAUGAUUGAAGGAUGGUGCUGAGUCCUAAAAAAGGAUGUUAAUGUUACUGCAACCUGCAUACCUAGACAACACGGGUUGUCGUUAGAUAUAGGAAAUGCUCUUUUCUGACAUUUAUUCGAUGCCUAUUUGGUGCUCACUUGUGGUUGCUGUGCUACAAUGCUGCAUGCCUGAUGUUGGAAGCAUUUUACUCUGUUAGGACAACUAAAUGCUGUCACUCUGUUAGGAGUUAUGUCUAGAUGAUACUCCAUUUAUCUUUUGAUUGGUGACAAUCAUGUAUUAUACUCUCUGUUCCAGUGCGUGGUUAGAUUUGUUUGGAAAAGAACAUGCAUGCAUUAUUCACUAGGUUAGGGUUCUGAGAUCGGUGACAUCACGUUGUUCUCUCUGAAUAUCAAGUGACUGCUUCUGAAGGAAUUUUACAUACUACAAUGAACGAUCCACUGUUUCUUUCAAUGUGUUAAUUGUAAACUUAUUGUGUUUUAAGAUUCUAUUCUAGCAAACGAGCUCUUUUCCUUUGACAAAGUUGUCACGUAAACUAA